UUUUAGUAUUCUGUGCUUAAUCCAAUUUAUUUGACAAUUAUGGCAACUUUGACACUGGGCAGCACCAUCGGCUUCUCCCACUCUUCGUCUUCCUCAGAUAUCUCUGCUUACUGUAUUCCCUCUUCAACCACCAGAUUCUGCUUCUCCAGCAUCAUUCUUUCUCCUCUCAAACUUCAAAAACGAACAUCUAGAAGAAGAGCUAGAGCUCUAAUUGCAGUGAAAAUGGCUGCUCAAGCUUUUCAGGAAGUUCUUCCUCCAGCCCUCACUUCAGUUUCAGAACCACCUCCUAUCUUCGAUGGAACAACGAGGCUUUACAUAUCUUAUACAUGCCCUUAUGCACAGCGUGUGUGGAUUACUCGGAACUGUAAGGGUUUGCAGAAUAAGAUACAAUUGGUUCCCAUAAAUCUACAAGAUAGGCCUUCAUGGUACAAGGAAAAAGUUUACCCACCUAAUAAGGUUCCAGCUCUUGAACAUAAUAAUGAAGUCAAAGGAGAGAGUCUUGACUUAAUUAAAUAUAUUGACAGCAAUUUUGAAGGCCCUUCAUUAUUUCCUGAUGAGCCAGGAAAGAGAGAGUUUGCUGAAGAGUUGAUAAACUACGUGAAUUCUUUCACUGGAUCUGUGGUUUCUUCAUUUAAAGGAGAUGGAAAUGAAGCUGAUGUGGCAUUUGACUACAUCGAAUCUGCUCUUUCAAAAUAUGGAGAUGGUCCAUUUUUCCUAGGCCAGUUUAGUCUGGUGGAUAUAGCUUAUGCUCCGUUUAUUGAAAGGUUUCGGCCGUUCUUAUUGGAAGUAAAAACGUAUGACAUCACUGCUGGCAGGCCAAAACUGGCUGCUUGGAUUGAGGAGAUGAACAAGAUCAAAGGGUACCAACAAACAAGGCGCGAUCCACAGGAACAUGUUGAUAGUUAUAAGAAGCGAUUCUUGGUAAUUCUCUCUAAUAUUCCCAAAUGUUCUUCUUUUCUUUUAUCUAUAAAUGUUAGAGCCAACUUGCAUACACCUUAACUAUCAAACAUAUAAAUGUUAGGGCAAACAUCCUUGCACUUUAGCUAUAUGUUAUAAAUAAAGGUAGUUGCAGAUUUUUAACGUAAGAGGCCUGUUUUGACCAUUCGAGUAAUUCUCCAACAUAGAAAUUUUGUAUGAUAAUUGUUAAAAUAUCGAUAUAAUAUUAAAUUUAUUUUUGCCUAUCAAUCUAAACUUUUAAAAUAUCGAUAUAAUAUUUCACCUUUGAAUCUAAACUUUUUGAGUCAAUUAACGAUUCACCACGAUUUAAUAGUAUCAUGCAUAUGGGUUAAAUUCAAUUAUGGAAGUCAAGAUUGGAGAGCACUUCAUUACUUAGACCCCCAUUCACUUUUACCCACAUGGGUUAAACAUAUGUUUUGGGUUAAAUUCGAUCAUAGAAAACAACAUUAGGAAAACAUCUCACUAUUUGAAAUCCCCAUCAGUGAAUGGAUGAAAUUUUUCUAAAGCUAAUCGGGUCCCAACAACUAUUGAAAAAUUGAAUCAUGGGAAUGGAAAG